GCCAAAAUCUGAAUUUUGUUGGAAAUCACUGUGUCUUUCGGUGGAUAAUUAGAUUUUUCGCUGGCAUGCCGGAAUUUAAGCCGCUUUCUUACAUUUGAUAUUGGAUAUGGUUUCAUUCUCUUGGACAUAGGAUUUACAAUUUGAUUCGAGCGACACUCCAAGUAUUGAAGUGAAAGAUGUCCAAGUUGUGGCAGGGGGACGGCCUUGCCGAGUUUGAGAAGGGCCGCAUCAAGGUCCUUCAGGAGGAGCGGGUUCGCAUUCAGAAGAAGACAUUUACAAAAUGGAUGAACUCAUUCUUGGACAAGGUCAACCUGAAAGUCGAGGACCUCUUCAAAGACCUCGCAGAUGGCAAAAUGCUGCUGAAACUUCUAGAGAUUAUAUCGGGUGAAAAACUUGGCAAACUGAACGCGGGCCGGCUAAAGGUGCAGAAGAUAGAAAAUCUCAACAAAAGCUUGAAAUUUAUCGCCUCGAAGGUCCGUGUCGAAAGUAUUGGUGCUGAAGAUAUCGUAGAUGGUAACCCCCGUCUUAUCCUCGGUCUUAUCUGGACAAUAAUUCUGAGGUUUCAAAUUCAGGAUAUUCAGAUUGAAAUUGAUGAGGAAGAUGAAAGCAGUGAGAAGAAAUCGGCGAAGGAAGCCUUGCUUCUUUGGUGCCAGAGAAAAACCGCUGGGUAUCCACAUGUCAAGAUUGACAACUUCAGCUCCAGUUGGAGGAAUGGUAUGGCUUUCAAUGCCCUCGUUCAUGCUCACAGACCCGACUUGAUUGACUAUGAUGAGCUGAUUCCCUCCGAACAUAUCGAAAAUUUGAACAACGCAUUCUCAGUUGCACAAAAUGAGCUGGGGAUCCAUCCCCUCUUGGACGCAGAGGACGUCAAUGUGGAGAAACCUGAUGAUAAGUCCAUCAUGACGUAUGUUUCGGCCUACUACCAUUACUUUGCCAAAAUGAAGCAUGAGAAGACUGGUGGAAAGAGAAUUGCCAAGGUUAUGAACGCCUUGAUGGACAUUGACGACAUGACAGAAGACUACUUAGACCAGGUGAAGAAACUGCUGAACUGGAUCUACGCCACGAUCAAGGCGCUGUCGGACAGAAACUUCCCCAACGCCCUCGAUGAGAUCCAAGGAGAACUUGCCAAGUUCAAGGACUACAGGACUUGUGAGAAACCACCAAAGUACAAAGAACGAGGUAACGUCGAAGCGUUAUUAUUCAGUAUUUACGCCAAACAGAAGGCCAACCACCAGCGCAUGUUCAUCCCACCUGAAGGCCUGCUGAUUCACGACAUAGAGAGUGCUUGGAUGAACCUGGAGAAGGCUGAGCAUGGCCGAGAGAUUGCACUCAGGGAGGAGCUUAUGAGACAAGAGCGACUAGAACAAUUAGCCCAGAAGUUCGAGAGGAAGGCGACACUACGCGAGACAUGGCUGAAUGACAUGGCAAACGUGUUACAUGACCAUAAUGUUGGUGAGAACUCCCAACAAGUGGAGGCCGCUCUCAAGAAACAUGAGGCCAUCAGCGCAGACAUUUUGUCUAGGAAAGACAGAUUUGCUAUGCUGUCGGGCAUCGCCAGAGAACUGGUGCACGGGAAUUAUCACGGAAAGGACAAGACAAAACAAAAGGAGCAGGAGAUCACAGCUAAGUGGAAGGCUUUGAUUGAAGAGCUCAAGAACAAGAAACACACGUUACUGGGCUACUACGACCUGAUGGGCAUGUUCAGGGAUAUUGAGAGUCUGCAGGCUGAAAUGAAGGAUAUAGAGGGGCCAUUGAAAUCGGAAGACUACGGCAAACACUUGAUGGCAGUGGAGGACUUGCUCCACCAGCAUUCCCUGGUCGACGCCCAGGUUAAUAACAUGGGUCGCAGGGUAGCGGGCCUGAACAAGAAAGCUCAAGAACUCAUGGACGAGGAUCAUCCCAGUAGCGAUAUUCUGAGCAGUAAUCUGGACGAUCUCAAUGAAAAUUUUGAAAAUAUUUACAACCUGUGCAACUCGAGGAAGAAUCAACUCGACGAAUCGCAGAAAUUUUACCAGUUUCUUCGCGACACCGAAGAAGAAGAGAGUUGGCUGCUGGAUAAACAGCGGCUGGCCAAGUCUCUGACAACUGGGAAAGAUCUAGUGGCCGUCCUUCGUCAGCUGAAACAGCAUGAGGUACUGGAAGCCGAGAUGGAAGCGCGUUGGCCAAACUGCGAAACCAUCUGCACAGCCGGUAACGACCUGAUCAGCAAGGACCAUUACGCUAAGAAAGAAAUCCGAGGCCAUAUCCGCAGUUUGAAGGACAACUGGCAAAAAUUGAAGGAUUUGGUGAAGAAGAGAAGGAAGCGGCUGGAAGAUGCUGAGGAGGCACAACAGUAUUAUGCUGAUGCAGAUGAAGCUGAGUCAUGGAUCAAAGAGAAGAUGCCAUUAGUUUGUAGCGAUGACUUUGGGAAGGACGAAUCAAGUGCCGGGGCUUUGUUGCGGCGUCAAAACCAUCUUGGGGAGGAGAUCAACGCCUACGAUAGCGACAUCAAACGCUUGGAAGAACUUUCGACGUUGAUGACGAAAGCGGGAAAUGUCCAUAAUGGUGAUGAUUUAGAUCGAGAGGAGUUGCGCCCCUUGAUAAGGACGAACCAGCUUAUUCGACCUGAAAAAUUCUCCGUCCAUGAAAAUGGCGAACAGCCGGACGCUGAGCCCGAGGAAGUGGAGGAACAAGAGAUGGUGGACGUGCCGGUGGAGAUUGAGGUCGAAGAGGUGGUCGAGCGCGAGGUGAUGCAGGAGGUCCUCGAGGAUGUCGCGCUGCCCCAGGUCCGGGCCAUGUACACGUACAAGGGGGAUAACAUCGGAUGCAAUAAGGCAGAGGUAAUGACUCUACUUGCCAAAACAAACCAAGACUGGUGGAACGUCCGUAAGUCGAACGGCCGCGAAGGAUUUGUUCCUGCAAACUAUGUCAAAGAGGUUGAACCCAAGGUCAUCCAGCGGAUUGUCAAGAAGCCGGUCAAGGUCCCUGAGACCGUCAAGGUCAAGAAAACCGUCUAUCAGAAGGAGGCUGUGCCAAAGUUGCCAAAGAAGAAGGGAAAAGGGAAGGGUAUACGAAGAACACCUUCAGUGCGAUCUGUUGAGAAUCUCCACUACGACAAAGAAAAUGUUGAGCAGAGACAAAAGGGCAUCAGUCAAUCUUACAAGCGCCUGGUUAAGCUAGCGCAGGCGAGAAAACAAUAUUUAGAAGAUGCGGUCAAACUGUUCAAGUUCAAUCGAGAAUGUGAUGAGUUUGAAGCGUGGAUGAAAGAUAAGGAGGAGCUUCUUCAAGGAAAUGAAACUUUGUCAGAAAAUGCUGAGAGUAUGAAGAGAAAAUUCAAGAAUUUCCUGACUGACUUGCUAGCGAACAAAGACCGUAUUAACAAGAUCAACCACCAGGCCAAUGAAAUCAUAAACACCGGCCACUCGGAGAAAGACAGCGUCAAAGCUCGUCAGAAAGAAAUCAACGACCGCUGGGAUCGACUGAAUCGACUCAAAUUAGAACGAGAGAAGACAUUAGAGGGCGCUUCAAGUGUUGAGCUUUUCCAGCAGACGGCCGAUGAAGCCAAGGACUGGAUGCAGGAGAAACUCAACCAACUGGACAAUGACGACCUCGGUAAAGACAUGAACAGCGUCAAGGCGCUGCAGCGUAAACAUCAGAACUUGGAAAGAGAGUUAGACCCCCUGGAAGAGAAACUCAACAAAGCUAAUAUGCUUGGUGCUGCCGUGAAAGCAUCCUACCCUGGUGAAGCCAACUCUGUCAAUCAGCGCCAGAAAGAGUUGGACAAGAUGUGGAACGAUCUCAAGGACAAGGCAGCCGAUCGGAAGGAGAAGCUACAGCAGGCAGAGGAACAGCAGCAGUUUAAUGAAGACUACAGAGACUUGGCAAACUGGAUGGACGAUGUCAAGAACAAGUUGAAUAAUAACGAGCUUGCCAAGGGCGUCCCCCAGGCUGAGGAACUGUUAAAACAGCACGAGGAACUCGCAGAUGAGAUCAAUGCCCAGAAGGACAAAUUUGACAAAAUUGAAGCCCUCGCAGCAAGGGUUAUGGAGAAUUCUCCAAACGCCGACGAGGUUGCAAAGAAGUUGCACAGACUUCAAGAUGAACAAGACGGCAUCAACAAAAAAUGGGACGAGAGGAAUAAACAACUGAAGGAUUGUUUGGAUUUACAGUAUUUCAUACGCGAGGCGGAUCAGAUUGAUUCGAUAACCAGCAGUCAUGAGGCUUUCUUAGAAUUUGAUGAGCUGGGGACCCAAGUUGAUCAAGUCGAACACAUGUUGAAACGCCAUGAAGAGUUUGAGAACCGGCUGAACUCUCAAGAGGAAAGAAUGAAGGCCUUCAGUGACAUGGCAGAUAAGCUCAUCCAAGGCGACCACUACGAUAGCAAAAAGAUUGACGAGCGGCGGAACCAGGUACUUGAGCGGCGGCGUGCCGUCAAGGAAAAGAGCGAUGACCGCCUCGGUGCCCUCCAACAAUCUCUCGCCUUUCAAGAGUUCAAGAGAGAUGCUGAUGAGCUGUCUGAAUGGAUGGACGAGAAGGAGCAGACGGCUGACGAGCAGUCGUACAAAGAUCUCUCCAAUCUGGCGAGAAAGUUACAGAAACAUCAGGCCUUUGAGGCGGAACUGCGAGCAAACAAUCAAAAACUACAUGAGAUUAAUGCCGCUGGCGGUGCCCUGAUUGAGAGCAACCACUACGCAUCCGAAGAAGUCGAACAAAUCCUGGAGGACCUCAACGCCCAGUGGGACGACCUGUUCAAGAAGGCCACAGACAAGGGCGAGAAGCUACAACAGGCCAACCAGCAGGAAACGUACAACAAGGAGGCUGACGAUAUCAGUGAGAAGUUGGAUGACAUUGAGAAGGCGGCGCGGUCGGACGAUAUUGGUAGCGACCUUAGGGGGGUCAAGGAGCUGCUGAAGAAGCAUGCUGCCCUUGAGAAUGAGUUGGCAGCGGAGAAGGCCCGCAUUGAUGCUAUGAGAGCACUCGGGGAGAAACUAGCUGCCGAAGGUCACUUUGAUGCCCCUGGCAUCUUAGCCAAAGCUGCAGAAAUGGAAGAAAGGUAUAACAAGAUGCUUCCUCUGAUGGCCGAGCGUAAGAAAAAGUUGGACGAUUCGCUGAAACUACAGCAGUUCAUCUUCGAUACAGAUGCGGAGAUGCAGUGGAUCAAAGAGCAUCAGCCCCAAGCCUACUCUGCCGAUUACGGAAAGAGUCUCAUGGAAGCGCAGAGACUCAACAACAAAAAUCAGAAAUUCGAGCAAGAGUUACAGAACCACGCCCCUCAGGUCGAGAAGGUGAUGAAGACGGGCCAGGGCCUGCUUGAUUCGGAUCACUUCGCUCCCGACCAGAUCAUUGCCAAGAUGGAGGAGCUUUCAAACUCGUGGGACGACCUCAUCGACAGUAUGAACACAAGGAAAGGAAAAUUGGACCUAUCUUUGAAAACACAAGAGUACUUCUCUGAGGCUAACGAUGUUGAAAAUUGGAUGAAAGAUAAGGCGCGUCUGCUAUCGUCUGCUGACUAUGGAAAAGACCAGGAUGCUGCCGAUAAAAUGCUCACCAAACACAAGGCGUUUGAAGUGGACAUGGCAACUUACGCUGGAAUGGUGGAUAAACUUGGACAAACCGCCAGCGAGCUUGAACAGGCUGAUCAUGCGGAGGCUCCCGAGGUCGCAAGGAGACAGAAAGAACUUGAGGACCUCCUCGCCAAGCUGCAGGGACAGGCAAACGAUCGACGGAAAAAUGUUGAGGAGUCCAAGAACUUCCACGAGUACAUCCAAGAAGCUGUCGAGGUUGAGGAGUGGAUCGGGGAACAGAUGCAGACAGCUUCCUCUGAAGACUAUGGCCAGGACUAUGAACAUCUUGUGGACCUUGAGAAGAAAUUCGAUGAGUUCAAAUUAGGAGUCGACGCUGGGGCUGACCGUGUGUCCAAUCUCCAGAAACUCGCGAAGGACUUGAUGGCGAAGAAGACGCCUUAUAAAGGAGAUAUCGGAACAAGACAGGAAGAAGUCAGUAACGCCUGGGACAUGCUCUUGGAGCAGAUCGACGCGCGAGACUUGAAGCUAGAGGGUGCUGGGGAGAUCCACCGCUUCAACCGAGAUGUCGAGGAUAUCCUAUCCCGUAUCCAGGAGAAGUACAGCAGCAUUCCCGAAGAUGUUGGCAAGGACAUCUUCAGCACGGAGAGCUUCCAGAAGAAGCACGAGGGCUUUGAGAAUGAACUUGUUGCUCUGGAGGCACAGAUUCAAGUGUUGAAAGAUGACUCUGCCCGUCUGCAGGCUGCCUAUCCCGGCGGCAAUGCCGAGCAGAUUGCCCAGCAUGAGGAGGUGGUACAGGAGAACUGGGAUGCCCUCCAACAGCGCGCUCAACAGAGGAAGGAAGAGCUGAAGGAGGCUGGAAACCUCUAUAGGUUUUUGGCAUCGGUACGUGAUCUUGUUGAUUGGUCACGAGAGAUGCAAAAGCAGAUGGCAGUCGAAGAAUUUGUACGCAACGUCACCUCGGUAGACUUGUUACGCGACCGCCAUAAGCAGUUGAAGGCGGAGAUCGAUGCACGCAUGGACAACUUCUCCACCCUGAUUCACACCGGAGAGACCAUGGUCAGCGAGGGACACUUCGCAACUGGAGAGAUCCAGGAGAAAGUUGAAACCCUCGAGUCUGAGCGGGAGAAGCUUUUGUCCGCCUGGGGUGAGGAGAGGGAUCAUCUUGACGAGAUGUUUAAGCAGCAAGUGUUCUAUCGUGAUGCCAACCAGCUAGAUACCAUAAGCUCUUCGCAAGAGGCUUACCUCAACAGUUCGGACUUCGGAACAGAUGUUGAUCAGGUUGAAGCUUUGUUGAAGAAGCAUGAAAACUUUGAGAAACUUCUAGAGACACAGGAGGAGAAGCUUGAAGCCUUGAAAGAGUACGGUGAACAAUUGAUCGCUGACCAGCAUUUCGAUGGUCAAAAUAUUGUCAACAGGCUGCAAGAUGUGAUUGACAGGCGUGAACAUGUCAAAGACCUGAGCGAUGAUCGCAAACAGAAACUUCAGGAUUCACUCCUUUAUGCUGAGUUCAACCGCGACUGCAACGAGGCCGAAAACUGGAUGAAUGACAAACUGAAAGCUGUGAGGGACGAGUCGGUCGACACCGAGUCCGACCUCUAUGAGAAGAUGAAGAAGCUGCAGAAGCACCAGGCGUUCGAAGCAGAGGUCAUGGCCAACACGGACAAGAUCGAAGACAUUCAAAAUCAAGGGGCUACUCUGAUCAAGAAGAAACACCCCGAGUCUGCAGAGGUGCAAGAUCGCGUUGACAAGCUGGUCAAGACGUGGAACGACCUGCUGAAGGCGUCUGAGCACCGCGCCAAGGUCCUGGAGGAGGCCAAGGAUAUCUUGAAGUUCAAUGAAGAGGUUGAUGCGGUGGAGGCGUGGAUCAGAGAAAAGGAGUCUAUCAUCAAUAUUGGUGACUGUGGACGUGACUAUGAACAUUGCCUAGAAUUGCAGAAGAAAGUCAACGAUAUUGGCUCGGGAGUCAAGGUUGAUGAAUCCCGCAUCCAGGCCAUUAACGAGCUUGCGGACAACUUGAUCACGCAAGGACGAUCUGAUACCAAGUCUGUGAAAAUCAGAAAGGAUGACCUUAAUAAUAAAUGGCUCGGCUUACAAGGGUCACUCGGCGAACACAAACAGAAGCUGGCCGCAGCACUCGAGAUCCACAUGUACAAUCGGGAUGUCGAUGAUGUGAAUGAGAGAAUCAAUGAGAAGGCGUUGCUACUCUCCUCGGAAGAUGUUGGGAAGGACUUGCCCGGUGUCCAAGCCCUCCAACGGAAACAAGAGGACGUUUCACGGGACAUGACUGCGCUGCAGAACCAGUUAGAGAAAUUGGAAUCACAAGGCAACCGCCUGAGCAAGAAGUAUCCAGACAUGAAGGAUGCCAUUGAGUCUAAGCAGCAGGAGUUGCUUGAUAACUGGGAGAAGUUGGAGGACCUCUGUGAUGCCAGGAAGAUCAAGCUAGAGCAGUCAUACCAGCUACAGAAGUACUUGGCUGACGCUAGAGAACUGAACAACUGGUCAAAUGACAUGGUGACAAAGAUGACAUCUGGAGAACUUGGCAAAGAUCCAGCAGAGGCCGAACAACAGAUUGAGCAUCACCAGGAAAGGAAGGCUGAAAUAGACGGCCGCCAGUCCAACUUCAACGAGGUCAAAGACCACGGUAUGAACAUGGUGAAUUCGAAACACUUUGCCACACCGGAGAUCCAGGCUAUGCGUGGCUCCCUUCAGGAUGCGCAGAAUCUCCUCAACGACACGUGGGAGGAGAGAUACCUUCUGCUCAAACAGUGCUCGGACUUGCAGGAUUUCAAGGAAGCCGCAGAGCAAGCCGACGCAUGGUUGGCGAGCAAGGAAGCCUUCUUGGCCAACGAGGAUCUUGGACAUAACGUUUCAAGUGUUAGCGCCCUCCUUAAGAGGCACGACGCCUUCCAGAAAACCGUCUCCGCACAAGAAGAGAAGGUCGACGCCUUGGAGACGUUUUGUGAUCAGCUGGUCAACGACGACCACUAUGCUUCGGAGGAGAUUAAAACACAGUGUCGCGUGGUCCUUGAGAGGAGGAUGCGCCUGAAACAGUCUUGUGUGACUCGGGAGAAAAAACUGAAAGAUUCUCGAAAAUAUCAACAAUAUUUGAGGACUAUCUAUGAGGUGACUGGUUGGAUAAAUGAAAAAAUGUCUGUCGCGACGGAUGAGAAUUACAGGGACCCGAGCAAUCUUCAGGGCAAACUCCAGAAGCAUCACGCCUUCACUGGAGAAAUCCAGGCCAACAAGAAAAUGGUGGACAAUGCUUUGAUGGAGGGUCGAGGAUUAAUAGCCGCCAACCACUUUGCAAAAGUGGAACUCGAGGGACACAUUGAAGACUUAGAACUAUUGUGGAAAGGACUCAUAGCAGCUUGUCAAGAUAAGAAAGAAAAACUCCACGAUGCAAUCCAGGCGCUGUUGUUCAAUCGUCUGCUCGACGACCUCGAUGCGUGGAUGGAAGAAAUGGAGACGCAGCUCAUGUCGGAGGAUCAUGGGAAGGAUUUAACGACGGUGAAUAAUCUUUUGAAGAAGCACCAGUUGCUCGAGCAGGAUACCGAGAGUCAUCAUGAGAAGUUGCAGGAGAUUGUGGAGAUGAGUAAAAAGUUUGAGGAGAAGCGUCAUUUCAUGAAUCAGGAAAUUCAGGAUCGGCUGGAAAGUGUCCUCGAAAGGUACAACGGCCUAGCAGAACCUUGCCAGAUUCGCCGUGACAACUUGGAGGACGCCCUUCUCAUGUAUCAGUUUUACCGCGAUGUCGCCGAUGAACGUCUCUGGAUACAGGAGAAGCGACCGAUCGCCGCCUCACAAGAUCUUGGUGACAGUCUUACCGCAGUGCAGUACUUACACAAGAAACACCAGGCCUUAGAAUCGGAAAUCAUAACUCACGAGCCUUUGAUCGAGAGUGUGGUCAACUCGGCCCAGAAUAUGUUCAACAACAAGCACUUUGCUUCCACUGACAUUCAGGAGAGGCUGGACGACCUACUCAAACAGCUGAAGGAGUUGAAGGACCUGUCAGCAAAGAGGAGACAGAAGUUGCUCGAUGCUCUAGAGUCUCAAACGUUUUAUGCUGAGAUCAAUGAGGCUGAGGCAUGGAUGAACGAGAAAAAACCUUUCCUGACAAGUCCAGAUCUCGGUAGAGACGAAGAUUCAGUCCAGGCGUUAUUGAAGAAACUAGAAGCUAUCGACUUGGACAUCGAUAACUUUAGGAACACGAUAGGUGAACUGGCGGCACUGAGCAGAGGGCUUGUUGAGCGCAAACAUUUUGAUCGCGAGAAUAUUAAGACACAGCAGGAAUCUAUCGAGGAAAAGUACCAAAAUCUUCAGGAGCUUGCCCGCCGGCGACGGGAGAAGCUCGUCGAUAAUCGGAAAUUGUUCGACUACUACCGAGAUGCCGACGAGGUGGUGAGCUGGCUGAAGGAGAGGCAGAUCAUUGCGGCCUCCGAUGACUAUGGUGUGGACAUUGAGCAUGUACAGAUAUUAAUCCAGAAGUUUACGAAUUUCACUCACAAUCUGACCAUUAAUGAAGAACGUGUCAUCAACUUGAAGACGAUGUCGGAGAGACUUCUAAGCGGCAAGCAUCCAGAAUCGAAAUCCAUCGAGCAGCGAUCGCAGGAGAUUGUGCAACUCUGGGAGGAAGUCCGGGAACUGACAGAUGCCCGGCAACGGGCUUUGGAAGCAGCCAAACAAGUGCACGCGUUUGAUCGCGAUGCAGACGACACAAUCGAAUGGAUUGGAGAGAAGGAGAUGGUAGCAUCGUCAGAAGAUUACGGUCACGACUUGGAAAGUGUGCAGACACUUGCACGAAAGCAUCAAGGCUUUGAGCGAGAUCUUGCUGCCGUAGGUGAAUCAGUCCAAAAAGUCGACGCUGAGGCGAAACGACUAAUGUCCGAGAUUCCUGACGCACGGAACCAUGUCAAGGACAAACUGGAGGAGACCACGUCUGCCUGGAACGAGCUGUUAGAGAAGUCAGCCGGGAGGAGGAAUAAGCUACAACAGGCCGAUGACUUACAGAAAUACUUUAAUGAAUAUCGGGAACUCUUAGCUUGGUGCCACGAGAUGAUGGCAUUGAUCACAGCAGACGACCUUGCCAAGGACGUAUCUGGUAGCGAGGCGCAGAUUAGUAAACACAAGGAGCACAAGGCUGAGAUUGAUACCAGGAUGGAUCAGUUUGCUAACUUCGUCAAUACGGGAGAGACGCUAAUUGCCAAGGGACACUUUUUGGCAGAUGAGAUUCAAGGCAAAGUGACGCAUUUGGUUCAAGCCAAGCAAAACCUGUUGGACACUUGGGAACAGAGAAGAGUAUUAUAUGAACAAAAUCUGGAUGCUCAGAUUCUGCGCCACGAAAUGGACCAGUUGGAGACAUGGUUGAGUUACCGUGAGGGUGUACUGAAGGAAGGUAAACUUGGCAGCUCCAUUGGCGAGGUGGAAGACUUGUUGAGAAGGCAUGAAGACUUUGAGCAGACGGUAGCAGCUCUUGAGGACAGAUUCAAUGGAAUUAACAGGAAAACACUGAUUGAGCAGGCGUUUGAAGACCAACUACACCACGAGAGCAGAAUGGAGGCCGCAGAGCAUGUGCGCCUUGAGCAAGUCGAGAAAGAGGAGAAGAAGAGACGUGAGCAUGAGCGCAUCAUGCAGGAACGCAAACGGGAGGAGGAGAAACGAAAGGCUGCUGAUGCGAUUCGUAAGCACAGGAGGGAGUCGGAGGAUGAGAUUGGCCCGCCGCGACCGGAACACCCCGUAGAGAAGAGGACAAGUAUCAAGAGGAGUUCUUCAUUCAAAGCAUCAACACCCACCUCGCCCGUGCCCGAGAAGCUGAGCGAUUCAUUGGUGACUGGACUGAUAGCCCGGCCCAGUAUGCGAAGUCAGAGGCCUCCGACCCCACCUCUUACACUUGCCCCCGAUGCCAAGGUCAAUAUCGAAGCCGCAAGUCCUGACACAGAGAUGGAAAUGCCUAUUUCUCCAGUACAGAUUCAAGCUGAGGAAUCCGCACCUGUUUUCGCUCUCAAUGCCGAACUGGGCCUGCAGACAAAUGGAGAAGUCUCCCCACCAGAACUGUCUGCCAAAGUGGAAGCCAAGCCCACAGUAGAAGAGGUUCCCCCUGUGGAGACACCUGAGUCGCCCACCUUCAAGAUGCCAGUGAACGAUGGUGCUUUGAAACUGCUUCGGCCAACCACACUUCAAAUUCCCGGUGGAGAUGAUAAAUCUCCGGAAAAGUCGUCCCCAGAAGGAAAAUUCAGCCCACCGCAAUCGCCCACCCGUGCGCCCAACAACAAGCGUAACAAGCGCGCCCAAAAGCGUGGUAUCAGUUUCACAACACGGCGUGACACGCAGACGCUCAAGGAGAAAUUCAAACUCGUCUCGGAAUUGCCCGAGGCUGUUAUUGAAGGUAUUCUCGAUCGUAAACAAGAGCUCCAGAGCGGAGGAAAGAAAGCGACCAUCAGGUCAUGGAAGACGUUCUACACGACCUUGAAUGACGACUGCAUGUGUUUCUUCAAGGACAAGCAAGCCCUCUCCGAAAGUAGUGCGGCAGCCUCGUACAUCACGAUACGCAACGCCGUCUGUGAAGUGGCGAAAGACUACACCAAGAAAAAGAACGUCCUUCGUUUGAAGCCUUCCGACGGCUCCGAGUACCUCUUCACCAUGGGCAGCCAAAAGGAGAUGACUGAUUGGUUGGGAAAGAUAACAGAGGCGUCCAUCGUACCAGUUGAACCAGAGACUGAGUUUGAUAGUCCAGAACCCCCAGCUUUCCCUAGUACUCCUGAACCUUUCACUCUACAAGCAGACGUACCCUCACCGACCUCACCAGAUUCACCACCACCUUCCCUGCCUGUAGAUCCCUCUCCUGCAUCGUCAAGGAGGAGUCACAUCACAGAGGAGUCGGAGGGAUACGUGGACAGUCCGGUGUCCAGUCGAGCGGGCAACCUGGAGCCUAGCAGACGGUUGAGUCAAACUGAGAGCGUGAGCUCCAUAGCAUCUUCCACGAGAAGUGACGCCAAACCAGUGAAGAAACCAAAGCCACAGUUGCCAGUCCGAAAGAAAUCCAUCCCAAAAGGUGAUAUCCGGAAGCCGGAAAUGAAGCCGCCAGUGCCUCCGCCGGCCUCGCCAGAUGUCAUGCGCACUAAUCAUGUCGAGUUCAAGAAGCCGGAGAGUCCAGCUGUCAGGCGGAUCAAACCAGAAAUAGAAUCCCCAAUACAGAUGAGGAUUUCGGCAAACGGUGACCAAAUGCCCACGACACCAAAGCUGUCGACGUUCGCCCCUGCGCCACCAAGUCCAAAAGCAAGAGAUUUUCCCGACAAUGGACCUCAGUCUCCAUCCAGUUCCAUCUCAUCUGGCGGUAGCCCGAGUACAAAAAAGAAAAAGCCCCCUCCUCCUCCGCGUAAAUCGAGCAUCUCCAAUAGCCCGCAGGCCACAAGGGUAGCGCGGUCCAACUCUCAGCUCAGCCAAGGAAGUGAUAUAUCGUUGACAAGCGCGUCUGGAUCUAGACCACGGUCACAAUCCAAUCGUAGCGACUCGCCCCAAAGCAUUCGCUCAUUUCAUUCAGAUAAUGUCUCCGAGACCCAAGGUGGAGAGCCACUGUCUCCAUCCCUCUCAGGGGGCGUUCAGUCACCCCGAGACCUCGACACCGACACAAUCUCCACUAGUUCCGAGGCGGAGGUGCACCCUCCACCUCUUCCAUUCAGCGGUCCACCGCCGGGGGCUUUGAAACUAGACGCUCAAGCCACCUGCGCCCAAGAUUCUGAAGAUUACGAUUCUGAAGAUUCCAUCCCAGUAAGAGAAAGAGUAAAAGACUAUGAGAAGGUCACAAAACAGAAGAAAGAUGAAGCAACUCGUGGUGGAUCUCCAAGACCUUCACCUCCAGUCCGUAAAUCUUCCAUACCAGUACCAGACGAACAUGAGGUCACGUUCUCCACAUUCAGCAACAGCCCACCGGUGACCCCGAAGGGUAAAAAACGCCAGACGUUACCAGCAAACAUGUCAUUAGGAGGGGCGUUAGAAUUUGACACGUCGGCACAAAAUGGUGGUAGGAGUAGUAUGUCGUUACCUAGAGACGGUUUAGGCCUACUGCCAUUGGAUGAGACAGAAGAUAUGUCCAAAUCGCCGAGUACAGAGAGUGAUGAAUAUGCGGCCGCCAUGGCCAUUAAUCUACAACGUCCGUCAAUUUCUUCCAUUUCAUCGAAACCGGAGAAGGAGAAGAAGAAGCACAAAACGUUUGGUUUCUUGAAGAAGAAGAAGGAUAAGGAAAAAGAGAAGGAACGAGAGAGGGAAAAGUAUUAGAUUAGAGACUAUUAUAAACUAGUAGGGAAGUGUACAUUGAUACACAUGAUCUUCCAAUUUGCCUUCUGAUGGAUUUGCCACGCGAGUUGGCUAAAGUUCAUGUGUAUUCAAGACGAAGAAGUGUACAUUGAUGCACAUCACUUUCCACUCAACUUGAUGUGGAUUUUGAGUCGGAUUUUGAUUUCAUCCAGAGUUGGCCAGAAUUACUGUGAAGAUGAUGUAAAGAAAGCACAAUUAGUUGGGUUUUUCGCUUUGAUUUCAUCUAGAGUUGACUAGAAUUGCUUUGAGAAGCACAAAACGUUUGGUUUCUUGAAGAAGAAGAAGGAUAAGGAAAAAGAGAAGGAAAGAGAGAGGGAAAAGUAUUAGAUUAGAGACUAUAAUAAACUAGUAGGGAAGUGUACAUUGAUACACAUGAUCUUCCAAUUUGCCUUCUGAUGGAUUUGCCACGCGAGUUGGCUAAAGUUCAUGUGUAUUCAAGACGAAGAAGUGUACAUUGAUGCACAUCACUUUCCACUCAAUUUGAUGUGGAUUUUGAGUCGGAUUUUGAUUUCAUCCAGAGUUGUUGGCCAGAUUUACUGUGAAGUGAAGUAAAGAAAGCACAUUCAGUUGGGUUUUUUGGCUUUGAUUUCAUCUAGAGUUGACUAGAAUUGCUUUGUACUUAGCAUUGAUGCAGACUACCCUUUAAGGUCAAGUGGACUUACUAAUUUUGUUUAUAUAUUUUUGUUAAUCGAUUCUGUGUUCUGAAUAGGUAAUUAUAGUGCCAGGUGGGAAUCUUGGGGGGAAUUUCAAUUUUGCACACUGGCAACUGGUCUGGUCUUGACAAACUGAUAGAAAUAUCUGUCAUAUAUGCAUGAACAGUGUAUGGUAUGGUGGAGAGACACCUAUUAGUGACUUGCUGUACUUAAUCUAGCCCACCUGGCUCCAGCUGAUUAUCUCCCUUUAAGAGAUGUUAAAGGAACAUCAUCUGGGACGGUUGCAUAGGCAUGUACAUGUAGAAUGUAUUUUGUUCGGGGCCAAAUAUGUAUUUCUGUAUAUUGAUGUCUGUUGACGGUUAUCAGAUGUCUGAACUUUGAAAUGUGACUAAUACAUUGUAUUCUAUUGGCCAAAUUACAACAAUUUGUUCCAUUAGGCUUAUUAGAUCUGUUGAUUUUAAUACGGCCUAGACUGGAUAUCAUUCCAUUUUCGAAAUAUAUUUUGAAGUUUAAUAGGUUUUCUGGGACCUGCCUGCUGAUCCUUACAUGUAUAUGUAAUUAACAUAUUUAUUACAAACUUAGAUAUGCUUUUGAUGGAAUUUACAGAUUAUUUUCCAGGGAUUCGUUUUGUAACUAUUUAUUGUAUGCAAAUUAAUUUCUACCUGAUGCAAUCAUUACGAAUUAUUCUAGAACAUUUUCAGCAUGAUGAAUCUGCAACUUUACUAGAGUGUCUGCUGGCAUAAGAAUUUAUAUUGUAAUUUAACUUGAAGAUCUUGCAUCCUCAUUUGUAUUGUUCUAUAGAACAACAUUAGUCUGAUUUUGCGAAGGGUCGCAGAUCCCCUUUCCAUUCCAUCCAUCAUCCUUCCAAUUAAAUGUAUUUUCUUAACAAUUUUGCUGCAACAAGAAUAUUCAUUAAUAUCCAGAAUAUUCGUUUGGUGUUUCAUCAAGUUUAGGUUUUUCCGUAUAUCUUCUGACCAACUAAUUGUGACUAAUUAGACAAGAAAAUGUUUGUGCUACGAGAUAAUUAUUUGUUAUCCCCCCCCCCCCCCUAGCGCUGAAAAGGUGUUUUUGCAUUAGAAAAUUAAGUGACAUGCAUUUUAACACAAUUUUGUGUAAUGUUUAAAUGUUGGUUCAGUUAAAGCUGACCUGCAUGCGUAAAACCCCUAGUGGCCAAGUUGGAAAGCACAUGUAAAUUCAACUUGAGAAUUUACAAGACGAACCCAGGCUGGGAGGGUAAAAGUUUAAUAGACCUCGAGAUCCCUAUCUCAUCAAUGAAUUGCUGGGUAUCUAUCAAGUUUCAACAUAAGCCGCACGUCACCACCUGAAAAUGUUCCACCAAUCUUGGUUCGCGAAUCAAUGCCGCACCAUAGAAAAUCCACCAAGCGCGUACACCACCUCGGCAGCUAGUUAUAAAAUCCGGCAACAGAUGGCGCGCAAACAAUAAAUAGAAAGCGCCAUUUCGAAAGCGCCGCCUGUCGCCGAACCAUCUAACUAGCUAAUUGCCGAUCCAUUAGCGCGUACACCUCGGCAAAGCCGAGCUUUUAACAAGCCGGGCAAAUUCGCCCGGCAAUUUGUACCAGCAAUGGAUUGCCGAACAAAUUUGUCGCGGCAAUGUGGUGGUGUACGUGCAAUUGGUCCACCAAUAUUUCGUGGUGUACGCGCAACUAAAGUUCAAUAGUGCUGCUGGUCAUUCGAUGGAAGGCAUUAGUGUUUUCUAACCCUUCAGCUUGGGUUUUUAUGCAUGUGUCAGCUUUUAACGACCAUGCACCUAAAGUAAGAUGGUAUGUUCGUGUAUUCAUGUUUGUAUAUAAAGGUAUAGUAGAUUUAAUUCUGUUGAGCAUAUCAUUCUUUUAGUCCGUUUCUACAUUCAAAUGUACAUUACUUGGUGUUUAAAGGGAAUCUUUUUCUGGUGUAUAUAGAUAUGUUAUAGACUGAAUGUGAACUGUGGAACAGUCGAUCAGAGAGAUAUUGCAAUAAAUUAACCCUUUUGUAAA